GACUACAUCAACCUGUUUGAUCAGUUCCAUUGAAAACUUUAUCCGCUAAGGACGCGUAUUCUCUGUGUGUGUGGUUUUUCUUCCUACAUCCCAUUCAGCAUUUCCCACCUAAAAGAGGAUAGAAUAAUGGACGAAGUCAAUGAAAAGUUGAAGAACUUUAUAAUUAAUUCAACCGCGAGUGGAAUCAAGCUCAAUUGUUUACCUUCGUUUUCCCGCCACCGGGAAUGGAAACGAGAUAACUUGUGCUACAAAGGAUCACGAUUGUAUCAAGCUAUAAUCGCCUUCCUUAUAUUGGCAGCUGCAAGGCAUUAUCUCGACGAGCUGUUUACGAAUGAAGAUUGCACCAUUGAAAUGCCCCACCAGCUGCAGAAAGCAUUCCGCCCCCCGGAAAAUUGUAACUUCUGCAGGGAAGUGCGACAUGUGCCCAGACUUUCCAAUGUGAAUCCUGACGAGUUCGAGCGAAUCUACGCUUACACCGGUGGUCCAGUGAUAGUAGCUGACGCUACCGUGAAUUGGACCGCAACAAAAUACUUCGACUAUUGGUUUUUCAAAGAUGUCUACCAAACAUAUGGUAGGCGAAAAUCGGCAGCUAGGUGUCAAUUUUUCCCCUAUCGGACCGGAUUUCGGAACAUUUACGAGGCGUUGAAUUUAAGCGAAGCACGUGUUAACUACGAACCGGGACAGGAACCGUGGUACUUCGGCUGGAGUAAUUGUGAUCCGGAAAUAGUGAAGGUGCUACGACAGCACUACGGACGGCCAUAUUUUCUGCCGAGAGCGUCCGAGAACAAUCCCGUAGAUUGGGUUUUUAUGGGAGGAACCGGGCUAGGCGCGCACAUGCAUGUAGACAACGUUCGGUUGCCAUCCUGGCAAUCCCAGCUGAAGGGAGCUAAAGAAUGGAUUCUAGCGCCUCCACCAGAGUGCUACUACAGCUGCAACUUCUUGACAGUCGUUGUACGAACCGGGGACACCAUUGUUCUCGACACCAACAAAUGGUACCACAGAACGAAUGUACUCUCUGGCGAAAUCAGUAUUACCGUUGGCGCUGAGUACGAUUAGACUCACCUGGAAAUGAUGGUCGUGCCCGGUGGAAAUUCGACUAUGUCCUCUCUUAUUUCAAGAUCAUUGUAGAAACUCACAACAUGCGGUUCAUUGUUACGAAACACACACGAUCCGUUAGCUGAUGGAAUGCGAUGGAACAACGGAUCAUCGUCCUCUGAAAAUUGUAAAUAAAAACGAACCUUAAU